CAGGUCCCUCAAUUUGUCUCCAGAGAACGGAGCCACAGAGCAUGUCCCAGCAGCUCCUCCUGUCACUCGUCCUCUGGGCCAGCUGCUCUCCUGGUAAUGCAGGGACAGCCCAUGGGACUCUGAGCCAGCCCAGGGUGCGAUGCCGUGCUUCUCGGUAUCCCGUGGCCAUGGACUGCUCCUGGACACCUCUGCAGACUCCCAAUGCCACCAGAGCCAUGUCCUUCAUCGCCACCUACAGGCUUGGCAUUGCCACCCCGAAGCAGAGCUGGCCCUGCCUACAGCCGACCCCCCAGGCCACCCAGUGCAUCAUCCCCCACGUGCACCUGUUCUCCAUGGUGCCCUACGUGCUAAAUGUCACUGCAGUGCACCCUAGUGGCACCAGCAGCAGCCUCCUGGCCUUUGUGGCUGAGCAGAUCAUCAAGCCUGAUCCCCCGGAAGGUGUGCGCCUGCGCAAAUCAGGGCAGAGGCUGCAAGUGCUCUGGCAUCCCCCUGCCUCAUGGCCCUUUCCAGACAUCUUCUCUCUCAAGUACAGAGUCCGCUACCGGCGUCAUGGGUCAUCCCGCUUCCACCAGGUGGGACCCAUUGAAACCACGAAUUUCACCCUCAGGGCCACGCAGCCCAAUGCCAAGUACUGCAUACAAGUGUCAGCCCAGGACCUCACAGACUAUGGAAAACCUAGUGAUUGGAGCCUCCCUGGGCAAGUAGAGGGGGCACCCCAGAAGCCAUGGAGGCUGCGUCCUUGA